GAUGCGCUAGACGCGCGCUUAAGGCGGGCCGCGGCUAGCAACAAGACAGUUGUCGGUCUGCCAUGACGCUCCCUCGCUAUCGGGCCCGCGGUGCGUGCGCUUCGAGACGGCUCCUCCUCCGCUGCACGCUUCCGUUCAAUGCGCCAGUAGAGCACAGCAGAGCACGCCCUGAUAAUGCCAAUCCUCCUGCCACCCUGAUCGUCCUCCCUCCGUCCUUGCCGUUCCUGCUCAAGCAUUCUGCGUCGGCGGAUUUCAUACUACGCACUGGACACAUCCGGCAGAAACACCAGCGACGCAUCCAACAUGAAGCCGCAGAACAAGAGCAAGAAUCUGAGAGUGUGGUCUCUGUGCUUGUUGUCGGCCUGUGCUAGUGUCAACGCACAGGUCCAAGAGCCACUCAAAGCACCCAUCGACCCUCUAAAGUACAAGGCAGCAUGUCCCGACUACAAGAACUAUGCGAUGCGCCAGCAUCCUCCAUAUAGCUUGGGCCCGCUCGAGCUCCCCUCGCAAAGACCUUCCAAGUACUGCCGCACCUUCGAAUCGCCGCUCGUCGAAAAGGUCAUAGAGGACAUGAAUGAGAAGUUGAUCGACAAGGAUCUUGCAAAGAUAUUCGAAAAUGCAUUCCCGAACACAUUGGAUACAACAGUACGGUGGCAUGCCGACGGCACAGUCAAGCCCAAACCGAGCAAGAAGUCGUGGGACGCGGCUGCUUGGAAGGGCCCGCAGAGCUUCAUCGUGACAGGCGACAUCAACGCAGAGUGGCUGCGCGACUCCACGAAUCAGCUCGCCCAAUACCAGUCACUGGCAAAGAAAGACAAGGAGAUCCGCAAGCUCAUCCUGGGCGCAAUCAAUACCCAGUCCGAGUAUGUCAUUGGAUCGCCUUACUGCAAUGCCUUCCAACCCCCGCCCCCAAGCGGCUUGAACCCCACCUUCCAGGGCGACGGCGACACUGUGCACCCGGUAUACGAGCCUUCGUUUGUUUUUGAAUGCAAAUACGAACUUGACUCUCUGGCCCACUUCCUCUCACUCGCCAACCAGUUCUUCAACAACACUGGCUCCACAGAGUUUGUCAAUGCACGUUUCCUGCUCGCGCUCGAGACCCUUUUGGAGGUUUUGGAGAACCAGUCCAUCUCCACAUUCGACGAAGAAACGGGUGGUUUCCGCCGCAACGAGUACACUUUCCAGCGCCAAACCAACACCGGAACCGAAACGUUGAACCUGGGUGGCGUUGGCAACCCUCUCGCCGCUGGCACUGGCCUCGUCAGAAGCGCUUUCCGUCCUAGCGACGACGCGACCAUCCUUGGCUUCUUCAUCCCGGCCAAUGCCAUGAUCAGCGUAGAGCUCAAGCGUACCGCCGUCUUGCUCCGCAAGGCCGGCAAGAAGGAUCUGGCAAAGAAGAUGCAAGAGUGGGGCCAGAAGAUCGAGGACGGCGUCUGGGAGCACGGGGUUGUGCAGCACAAGACGUUUGGACGCAUCUUCGCCUUUGAAGUGGACGGCUUCGGGUCAUCGAUUAUCAUGGACGACGCGAAUUUGCCUUCGCUGCUGGCUCUGCCGCUUCUCGGUUUCACCGACGCUAAGAACGAUAUCUACCAAAAUACAAGGAAGAUGAUCUUGCAAAAGAAGGGGAACCCGUACUACCUUACCGGCGAGGACUUCAACGGUAUUGGCGGCCCGCACAUUGGGUAUCAGCACGCGUGGCCGAUGAGCGUGCUUGUGCAGGCCAUGACGAGCGAGAGCGACGACGAGAUCAUGACUUGUCUAGGGAGCGUGAAGAACGUUAGCAGGAACGGGCUGAUUCAUGAGAGCAUCAACGUGAAUAUUUGGAGUGAUUAUACGCGAAGCUGGUUCGCGUGGGCGAACUCGGUCUUCGCGCAGACGAUCCUGGAUCUUGCGAAGCGGAAGCCGCAUCUGCUUUUUGGCGAAGGCGCGGAGUCGUAUACUUUGUAGACAGUGCAACAAACAGACAGUUACUUAGUAAACUGCCUAACAUGCAUGGCUUGUCAGCCUCGGCAUCGACGCUGCAUUCUCCUGUUGUGCUGUGACCUAAUAUCACAUC